GGAAGGGGCAGGUCUCAUUGCUGUGCAUGCGCCCGCGGGUCCCUGGAGCAGCCGCUCUAGGCAGCAGGGAGGUCGCGCAGGGUUAAGAGCCUAAAGCGGUCUCUUCUCUAUGGUUGCGGGAGCUGGUCAGAGUCGGCCCGCAGUCCUACGUUAUUUCCGGAAACGGAGCCUGCCGCUUGUCCUCUACUUCCGCGGGGUCCUGGCGGGUGGCGGUGACGGAGUGGGUCCCAGGACUAGUGGCGAGCGCAUGCAACCAGACCUCUAACUGCUCCUGUGGCAGCCUGUGUGCCAGCAUCCUGGAACCUGGAGCCAUCAAUUUACACUGAAGCCCAAGUGUCCUAGAGUCCAGCUUAUCUAGAGUGCAGAUGCAUUUUGAGCCUAGUGUCUCAGUGACCAUCAAAGAACUGCUGGGAUUGUCUUGGUGAACUUGUGGCUAGCCCCACCUUCCAUUCCUUGGUCACCAUUGAAGAUCAGUGUACAGAAGAGACAAGAUGUGGUCUAGCAGAUCAUAUGACGAAGGACCUCAGAAUGCCUCCAGUGGUGAGUCUGGCCUGAGGAAAACAAGAGAUGAUCUUUCUGCAAGCCGACAGCAUGCGUGCGGGGAUAAGAAAGAUGACUAUAGAAGAAAAUGUUCCUCCUCUUCCCAUUAUUCAAAACAACAAUCUCCCCAUAAAGGGGCUUCUUGUUUUUCCAGAAAAUCAGGUGUAGAUCGAAAGACCUCCCCACACAGCAGAUCUAGAUCCAGUGGAAGACACUCUACAAAACAAAGCAAACUGCAUUCUUCCCAUGGUUCAGAGCUUAGGAAGUCCAAGCAUGCUCAUUCCUCCUACAAACGGUGCAGUGAAGAAAAACCAGAAGGAGGUAAAAAGAGGCCUGGUCAGUCUUUGAAAACAUCCAGAGACACACACCCAAAAAGUUCUUCAGCAGUUCUUUCAUCGGAAAUUUUAAACAAACUCAGAAGGUUUGAUGAAAAGGGACUUCCUAAAGCUGCAGGCAAGCAAGCUGUCAAAAAGCCAGAGAUGGCAGAGGAAAGCGACUUACCUCAAAUUUCUGAGUUUGAAGUUAUGGAUCAGACACAAGAACCCGAGUCAAACAAAACAGAUCACACAGAGUUCAUUGAUGACCAAGUAACCAAUCGCCGUAAAGCAAUAGUGUCAAAAACCAAGGAAAUUGAACAAGCCUACUACCAAGACUGUGAGACCUUCGGAAUGGUGGUGAAAAUGCUGGUUGAAAAAGACCCUUCGUUAGAAAGGUCCAUUCAGUUUGCACUUAGGCAGAAUUUACAUGAAAUAAGUGAACGCUGUGUGAAAGAGCUCAGGCAGUUCAUUGCAGAGUAUGAUGCUGCUGCUUCCUAAGAACUGGUGCUCUAGCAGAAAGUAUUUCUUGAUUGUCAUUCCAGAAUUGUAUAAAUACCUCAUAUAUGGAAUUUUUGUUAUGAAAUACUAGCAAGCAUCUGAAAUGGUGAGCUUAAAAUAAUCUUCAGAAAUGUUUCUACCUAUGGAACUUUGUGGUUCAUACACUCACCAAUGCUUAGUUUGUGGCUUAGCCUGCUGAGGAGGCUUAAUUAUUUAUGUUCUUCCAAGUAGAUGAAUCUAUAGCCCAAGUGUACUUUAUGGUUAGAGAUUGACCUUCAUAGUAGAUGGUAGCAUGUAAAAAUGUUAGGAUUUGAGUUGUGAUUUUUAUUGACUUCUUAGGCUUUGUUGUUCUUAUUAAAAUAUCCUACAUUAAACUAUGUUUUCUUAAUAAACUAGUACUUUGGUACCUUAAGAGAAUAAAACAUGGGAAUGGCUGAAUCUUCGAA